AUGAAAAACGUAAAAUUAAACCUCUACAACUCUUUUGAAUGCAUUCAUUCUUCAUGGUCAGGCUAUGGGGCGGCUGAAAAGAGCUCCAAACAUGGUGCUGAGGACCGCACUCAGAACAUCAUCAUGGCCAUGAAGGAUCGCAUGAAGAUCCGUGAGAGGAACAAGCCUGAGAUCUUUGAGGUCAUCCGAGAUGUAUUUGUGGUCAGCAAGGCCAUCCAUGCUCAGCAGAUGAAGACCAUCAAGCAGAGCGUCCUGGAUGGAACGUCCAAGUGGUCAGCCAAGAUCACCAUCACAGUUGUCUGUGCUCAAGGACUGCAGGCUAAAGAUAAGACUGGCUCCAGUGACCCCUACGUGACCGUCCAGGUGGGUAAAACCAAAAAGAGGACCAAGACGAUCUACGGCAACCUCAAUCCUGUCUGGGAGGAAAAGUUUCAUUU